AUGCGAACCCUCUCCUUUCGCCUCCUUUUGUGCUCCAUCUUUCUAUGCUACCAAAUCAAUCUUUGCCAUGCCAAUCCUCCAUUCAGAGGCAAAGCGCCGGAUACCAGAUCCAAGUUUUUCCUAAGCGGCGACGACCUUUCUCCCGUGACGAGCGAAAAUUUGCCCGCCGAAUUGAACAUCUGGCGCACAAAGGUAGCGAGUGGUUUACGACUCGUCAACAUCGACUUUCUCAGAGAGCUUUACUCUAAGAAAGGAAUCACUGAUAUCUGGGUAAAGGGUACUAUCUCUGCUGAGCUGAAAGCAUUAUUUGAAUCCCAGGAGGUCAAGAACAUAAUUCGGGUCGAGUUUGGAGAUGCAGAUCCCAGUCGUGGAAUUUCUGUCGACUCCGCGGGCCGGCGCACUCAAGGCCAAUAUCCAAAAGGGUUAUUGAUUUUUCAGGAAAAAGGCAAUGCAUUGGUCGGGGGACCUGCUGCGCGUCUGGUGGCGGAGGCAGAGAUUGACGCUGGGAACGAAUUAUCGGCGGAAGAUCUAAGUGCGGCUGCUGAAAUUGAAGCAGACGACGCCGAGGCUAUUAUCAAGACCGUGAGGGAGGGUGCAGGCAAGAAAAUACAAGUUGGUGAGCAACACCUCAUAAAACUCAUCGACGGUGGCUCCGACGGCAUAAAUCUGUAUCGUACAGACUUCUCGACCUCUAAACGAGAGUUUACGAAGAGUUCGUUCGACGCCUUGCUUAAGAACCGCAUCGGCACUUUAGUCGUCUUAGGUGAAGGUGAAGACGAUACUGCCAUUGCGGCGGCGGUUCGGCGGCACAACGACGAAAAUGCAGGCAGCAAGGCGAAGCAGAUCGAACUCGUCAUAUUACCUCCAGGAGCAAAUCCUACCGACACUUUGACCCGCUUCUCUCAGGGCCUUAUAACUCUUUACGAUAAUGCGGAUGGGAGAGGCAUCCUUAUUACUCAGGGAGAUGGCAAGACGGAGACCGGGGUCAUGGCUGGGACAGCCUUGGUUCAUGAACAAGCAUUGCUGGGUAAUGACCCUGUCGGUGAUCCGAUAAAGUUGGCCAGGAUGAAUGGGGUUUCGGCCGGACACGGCCAUGCCCUAGCCCAUCUCGAGGUGCUUGGGCGCCAACACUUGCAGGGUGGGCAGAGUACCGACAAUGCAGGCGAGGAUGAUACCAAUGGCGGGUAUAACCUAAGGCGGCUAAAUGUCUUGACUUUAAAACCAUAUCACGUCUUGCGAACAGGGAUAUCGGGGGAUAAACGACCCAUCGACCUCGACUUCAUCAAAUUCCUUCAUUACAUGAAGGAAAUAGACACUAUUCUCGUGGUAGGUGAUAUCCCUGAUAAGGUUAAAACCUUUUUGAAAUCUGCCACGGUUCAAGGCAUGGUUCGGGUUGUAUUUGGAGAAACGCCCGAUGGAGCUACUCUCAACACUUUCUGGGAUGCACUUCAUGGAAUUUACCAAGACCCCAAAGGCCGCCGUAUUCAAGACCAAAAUCCACGAGGCACAUUCAUUUACGAGUUUCAAGGCAACACGUACAGCGGGAUAGUGGCUGCAUAUCUGCACGUUGAGGCGUUCUUGGCUGAAACUGUGCCACCAACACAAUACAGACCAAAAGAGGCUGCAGGCCAAGAAGAAGAAAAAGCAGUAGAAGGCGAAGAAAAAGCAGCACAAGAAAAGAAAAAAGCAGAACGCCAACCACCAUCACCCUCGGAGCUUAGUAAGCGCUAUGGAAUUACUGAAUCGCUAGCCAACAAUAUUCUCAGGGCUGUGAUUGUAAGUCGCAGUUACCCUCGAGAGGCAAAACAAAUGGAAGUUGGGGAGCAACACAUCCAACAGAUUAUGGAUGUUCGCCCUGGCACGAAACUGUUUCGCACAAAGCUGGGGUAUCUUCAACGAGUUUUUACCAAAAAAUCGUUCCAAGUCUUGCUUCGGGCAGGAAUCGAUACUAUUGUUAUCGUGGGCCAAGCUCCUGACAUUGUAGAGGCGGUAAGGCAACACAACAGGGACAACAUCGCCAAACUGGCGAGUCAGAUCAGAGUCUAUACAGUACCUGAGAACAAGGAUCUUGAUAAAAAUGCCGAAGGAUUCGCGGAAGCUUUUGCUGAAAUUGCCCAAGAAGGUGGAAACGGCUUUCUGAUUACUCAGAAGCACGGCAACAAGGGGACCGGGUCGAUGACAGUUAUGGCUUGGCUUCAUGACAAGCUGCUUCAGGGUCAGAACCCCACGGUACUGCCAGCAGAUAUAGCAAUCAAGGGAAUGAUUCCAUUCAAACAAGCCCUUGCCCUGGUCGACUAUAUCCUCGGGCCCAAAAAGAAACCUACGAGCCGAAUCCAAUUUACAGACAGCAAGGAGUUGAACACGGUCCAACCAUACGACAGAGUUCAAAAAGCUCACAUUGGCCAGGAACCCAUCGUCGAGGUUCAGGGUAUGAGCCGCGGCCUCGGGAAACUAUUUCGCAUGGUGCCCUUGCAUUUUAUCGAGAAUUUGCCCUCGAAUGAGAAGCCGGCCCCGAAUGAGCACUUGACCCCGAAUGAGCACUUGAUCCCGAAUGAGGAACGAGCUUUUACAGUAGAUGGGUUAUUAGCCUUGCAUCGGAUAUUCGGAAUCAAAAUAAUUGUUGAUGUAGGUGACACUGGUGGAAUUGCAGCAAAGGUGAAGCGCUACAAUCAGUUCAUCAGGAAGAAUAUAGGCAAUCCAGCGAUGAUUGCCCAUGAGGGGAUGCUUAUUGAUGUGAUAACGCUAGCUGACGGGCCAGAUUACGUCAAGAAUACUGCCCGUGUAGCAAAACAAACUAGCCAAGCAUUUCAAGGUGGAAAUCGCAUCCUAGUUACUCAAAUAUUGGGCAACGAAGCGACCUCGAUGGUAACUGGGCUGGUUCAGAUUGAUGAUCAAGCUCUCCAGGGGAAGCCAGCCAUCAAUAAUGCAGAGAAGUUGGCCGAGAUACAUAUGGUUCGGAAUCCAGACGUGGCCAAAUUCCUGGUCCAGUUCGAAAAAAUGGUGCGCGAUCCAGACCCAGCAUGGGCCAGUCUGGAGGACACGUUCCAUGACGCUCCCCGACCCCAGACUCCACCUCCUGACGUGCCCGGCCCAUCAGGCCAUGACGGUGCCGGCCCUCCACGCCGGGCCGGUACCCCCUCUGCGGGCCAUGAAGGUGCCGGCCGUACAGGCAAUGACGGUGCCGGCCGUGCCCGUGCCAACAAUGAUGGCAAUCUCGAAACCAUUGAACACGAUCUGUCGUCAACAUUUGAGAUGAUGUGGGGAGACGUUCGACCCCAGAAUUCACAUCCAAGAAUUGGAUCGGGCACGGGCAAUACAGGCAACGAAGUUGCCCGGCCUGCCCCCGAUGACGGUGCCGGCGGUGUACUUUCCAACAAUGAUGGCGCACCCGAAGCCACCGAGCACCAAGAGACUACAGAGGUGACAGAGACUGGAGCUCAUUCAACACUGGAUGACAUGUCCAACCCGACCGACAUUGAGCCUGCUCGCCGUCGACGGCAAAUGCAUGCCUUUCCCGUUGUCGUGCAGCCGCCACGGCAGCCUGGGCCCGCUCGUAUCCUUCCGGCAUCGUCAGAAAAGGGGAUCCACCGAUCGGGCAUGUUCGAGGCCAUGCCGGUGCCCAAAGGCACGCACAGCCGCCAUCAGAACCAAGGGGAGGGCGAGGGCGCCGAGGUUCCUGUUCGCAAGGCAUCGCGGGGAGAGCAAGCCGGCACCGAGAUGGGAUCGUCUCCGUCGCAGCCAGCACGGCCGUUUUCCUUCAGCCGAGUGCGAAAGAUGCGCGCGUCACAGGACACGAUGUCACGCAGCCGGGGCAGCGCAGCGCGCAACCAUGGAGUGGGCAUCGCCGCGAGGGCAGCAAGCGCGCAGCCAAGUCUUCUUCCGGCCGUUGCACCGCACGUCGACGGCGACAGCUGCGUUUUCGGGAUCGACCACUCCGGCAGAAUCAGGCGGCAGACUUCUCGACGGGCAGAAUGUUGCGGCAGAACGAGGCUGGCAGAAUCGGCGAAGUCGCGUACUCGGAAGGCGGCCACCACGGAGCAGCAGAAAUGA